GCGACCCCUGAGCCAAAGGAACUAAAGCCAUCGAUAUCGUGAUGUCCUACGUAUCGAUGCUGCACUGCCAUUUAACGGCCCAUCGCUCGAGGAAGCGACAUUUUAGCUUUGGUAAGUGGACCGGCAUCCGUUUCCGGAAAAUCGCAAAAACCAGAAGUGCAGUUCUACGGGACAAGAGUUGGAGCAUGAAGAAGUUUAUGAAGUUCACUAGCAAGCGGCAGAAGAAGCGCCAGGGUAGCCCCGGGCAGCCCCAUCCUGGGCCACUGAUGUUGGGGCAAAGCAGGGUGCAUAACCCACCAGGUUCAGCGCAUGCGCAGCAGGCUGGAGCGCCCAGGAAUGUGGGGAAGGAGUACAAGGCUGGGAGCGGCCAGAGGAACCCGACACGCAUGGUUGCCACCACAAGGCACUAUCCAAACAAUCCGAGGCCAUUCGUUUCGACAGGCAACGAUAAUCGGUUUGCCCACUUGCAGAGCAGUGGGAGCUACAAUAGCAGCAUCGAGAGCGGAAAUACGAUGACUAGACACGCCAGCAGCAGUGGAUCCGGAAGUGGAAGUGGAAGUGGGAAUAGCUACUACUUCAAGGCUUUGGAGAAGGGCUGUAUACCUACUUCGAUUUACCACUACCAAAACGCGCAAACCAUCACCUUGGGCAGCUUCAUCGAUGAUCAGCUAUUCAAGCAAAGCAAGCCAAACUCUGGCAAAUCGCAGAAGGCCAAGGAGCAGCCACCGCCAAUGGAGUCCAUAAAGUCAAUGAAUUCAAUGGAGCCUAUGAGUCCUAUGGAGGCAAUGGGUGAGACGGAGCCCUUCUUUGAGGUCACAGUCAAUGCGCCAUUGACGAUGCCCAUCGAUCUCGAGGAUGGGUAUCCCGAUGUGCCAGCGUAUUACGAGGUACCCAGGGAUGCGAUGAAGCCACCCACACAGAAUGUCGAGGCGCUGAAGCAGUUCUGUGGGUGGGCUUCCGCCAACUUGCGACGCAACCCAUUGGGUCUGAAGUUCCUAAACAAUGACGACUAUUCCGAUGAUGAGGAUACGUUUGCUAACCAAACGCUAAAGCCCAUUGGCUACGAAAUGCUGAUGUCAGUGAAGCGCAGGAUCUAUAUGGAAGGCAUCUACCGCAACCAGGUGGAGCAGCUAGUGCUUAUGGUGGAGGCCACCCAGUAUUUGUGGGAGCACUAUAGACCCGAUCGCGAGUUUCCGCCAAACAAGACCAUUUGGAGUGUGGAGCGCCAUCAGCUGAAGAAAUUGUCCUGCAAUCGUCGCAACUUUAUGCAACGAAAGCCAAGAUAUAUGAGAACCAAUGCGUUGCCCCAGCAAAAUUCUACUUUUUCGAUGCCCUCGAACAUGGUCAAUGAGUCUGUUCCGCGGCACUGGAUACCGAAUUGCUAUCCCAUGCAGCUUGGUUGCUGUGGUCCCAUUAGUGAGCCGCCUCCUGGAAGACAAAUCGAGUCGUGUCCAAACAAGUAUCUAUAUGAGAACUGGUGGGAUAAUGCCAACUACGUGAACUCCUUUAGGGAGGAGUCCAUGGGCUGUCCCGCGUCAUUUAGUCAGUUCCAGCAGAUAGAGCAGCACCAGCAGCCGUACGUCUAUUCAUCGGCUGGCCAACAGUUGGGGGGAAGAGUGUCCAGGUCGCAGCCUAGGCGCCCGGAGCAACAGGAGAAUCAGCAGACCAUGCGUUACUCACGAGCUGUAGAGGAAGGACCACGUCCUGGAGGAUUUGGUGGAUGGGAAGAGGCUGGUGGAUGGGAAGAGGCUGGUGGACGCAAGGCAAGUCCUGGUGCAAGGGGUACAAAACGCCGGCAUAAUGGUCAAAUUGGGUGGGAGUUCGACAAUGACCCUAUGGAGUGUUGGUGCUAGAGGAUCGGAUGGACCGAAAGAUGAUCUCAAAAAACUCGAAGAUCUCGCCCUAAAUAUAACAAAUUUCCCACCGCUUCCCGGGCCUUCGAAAAAGUGCAGGACUAAAUAAUCAAAGAUGAAAAAGUGCAGGACUAAAUAAUCAAAGAUGAAAAAGCGCAAGACUAAAUAAUCAAAGAUGGAAAAUCUCAGAGGAAUAGGACAAUCUAGAGCAGAAAUCUUUAAAACAUCUUUUUGUGCCUUAGAUAUAGAGCCUUUUUUUGUAUCCUUUAAACAUAUCUAUUGUUAACACAAAAAUUGAUUUUCACUAACUUUUCCUUAAUUUCACACUUACACCAAAUAAAACAACUAAUUUUU